GAAACCCAUUCUCUCUCUGUUUCGGUAUGAACUCACAAAUUUCAUUCGACUUCCAUUAAUCUCUUUUUAAACCCCUAAAGUUAAAGAAAUAAAUUUAUCUCAUCAAGCUUAAGAACGUUGACUAGCGACGAGAAGUUCCGGCAGUCAGAGACGGCUAUCUCCGGCGAUCUAACAUCUCCAAACAUGAAUACGGAGGCCAUCCCUUUCUCUUCUGGAAACCCUAGAAUCGAAGAGACGCGUGGAGUUAUGCAUCUCUUCUCCAAUGACACCGUAUCCGCCCUUCCCAAGGAUCUUCCGGCUUUCAUUUUCAUUUUGCUGAAAUUUCAACUAAUUUAGGAGAGUUUGAUGGAGUUACUGUUAAUUCUGCAAUUUGAUAUGAUUUUAUAUGUUUAUAGGUUGAAAGGAAACCUCUUGCAUGUGUUCUAGGGGUGCCGAACCACAUGACAUACGCUGAUUUCUGUCAGUUUUGUGCUUCAUUUAUCCAUCACAUAUCGGAGAUGAGAAUUGUCAGGAAUGAUGGAAUGGAGGAUCGUUAUAGUGUUUUGAUAAGAUUUGAUAGUCAAGACUCCACAGAUAAAUUUUAUCAACAUUUUAACAACAGACAAUUUAAUUCACUUGAGGAAGAACUUUGCCGUGUGCUUUUUACACUGGAUGUGCAGUUCACAGGCUACACCGGUUCUCUUGACCAUGUACAGUCUCCCCCAGCAAGUUCGACUGAGCAGCCUUCGUGUCCAGUUUGUCUAGAGAGAUUAGACCAGGAUGCUAGUGGGAUCCUCACGACCAUCUGUAAUCAUUCUUUCCAUUGCUCCUGCAUUUCAAAAUGGACUGAUUCUUCUUGUCCAGUAUGCCGAUAUUGCCAGCAGCAGCCUGAAAAGUCAAAAUGUUUCAUCUGUCAGACUUCAGAGAACCUUUGGAUUUGUGUCAUCUGUGGUUUUGUUGGCUGUGGGAGGUAUAAAGGGGGGCAUGCUAUAAUACAUUGGAAAGAAACACAACACUGCUAUUCUCUUGAACUGGAAACACAGCGUGUCUGGGAUUAUGCUGGUGAUAAUUAUGUUCAUCGACUAAUUCAAUCCAAAACUGAUGGCAAGCUAGUUGAAUUGAAUUCACACUGUCUGCAUGCUAGUGAUGGCUGCGGGAGCUGUCACUGUAUAGAUUCUGGAGUUAAUGAGGCUAUGUUGACCUGCGAAACUGAGAUUGUUAAUGAAUACAAUGAACUACUUCGCACCCAGCUUGAGAACCAAAAAGUGUAUUUUGAGACUUUGCUUCAACAAGAAAAUGAAGAAACUGAGAGGGCAAUUGCUGAUGCUUUUAACAAGACUGUUAUGCAAAAGCGGCAGAAAAUGCAGGCCAAGCUGGAAAGAUGUGUGAAGGAAAAGAAAUUUCUCGAGGAUCUCAACGAGAAUCUUUUGAAAAACCAGGAGAUAUGGAAAGCAAAGCUGUUGGAAGUUGAAAAGAGGGAAAAGAAGGUUUUGAGGAUGAAGGGUGAUAAAAUUCAGGCCUUGGAGGAUCAGCUUAGAGAGUUGAUGGCACAGCUUGAAGCAGCCGGGAAGGCAGUAGAGCAAUCGUCAGUUUCUAAUGAAAAUGAACGAUAACAGUGAACAAGCAGCAAGGAUGGGUGAGCAACGAAAAAAGCUCCUUCCAGAAAAAUAGUGCUUCUUGAAAUUGGUUAAAUCAUGGGUUCCCCUUUUUUUGUUCCUUGGAGAAAAAAAAUCACUAAUGAUUAAAGGAAAAAGAGAAAGUAAUUAAAAGAAUAUAUGUUAAAUAACAUCUAUAGGAUGCAAAUUGAUUGUAAAAAAUCGAAUAUCUGAAUUUUUUAAUAGUUUAGAUUACUUUGGGAUUAGGAUAUUAAAUAUAUCAUGGGUUAUGAUAAAUUUUUUUUGGAUAUCUGAUAUUCAAGUCCCUUGUAAUUUUGAUCCGCAUGGUAUAACAUGUAUUAGUAUUGGUAAACA